UACAAAAAGUCAAAAAAUUCCAAAUUUCGAACCUAAACAAAAACACUGAAGAUUUCUUUGCAAAAUUUAUUUAAUUAUUUGUUAAUUUAUCAUAAUUUAAUUGUUCCUCUCAAAUGGUUGAUACUAAAGACAAAAAACUCCUCUAUCCACCAUGCUGGUCCGACGACACCCGCAUGGACGUAUUAAUGGCUCCAUUUCGUUUAAAAUCCGUAAACCCGGAAAACUACGUUUCAAAAAUGUUAUUCUGGCAAGAAAUGAUUACAAAAUAUUGCGAAUUUAAAGGCUCACCAUCGUUUAAUAAACGUGAAUUGCAAGUAGCCUUUCAACGUAAAAAUAAAACACCAUACGGCUUGGAUAAUGUUUUAGAAGAAAUGCGUAAUUUACGAAAAAUUCGUACAAGAACCGAAUACAUGUAUGACCCUGAGAAUAGUUGGACUGGUUGGGCAAUAAAUAGUUUUGUCAAGAAGCCAUUGUGGUGGGGUGUUAAAAAAGUAUGGACUGCAGGAGAUGAUGAUGAUGCUUUGUUAGAUUAUAUACAAUUAGAAAUAGUCAAGAAAAUGUGUGCUGACCUUGCUAUUGUCUUGCAAAAGCAUUCGGGGAAGCUUUUGCAUUACGAUGAAGUCAAAGCCAUUAUAAGUGAUGCCAUGAACUUGAAUGACGACGGACUCCACAUUUGCCUUCACACAUUGUUUUGCCAAAAGAAGGUGGUUCUUGAGUUUGUUGUGGAGAAUAAUGAACGAAAGAUUCAUUUGGUAAAGAUUCCUGGCAAAACUGACCAGAAUCCAGAAAUCACAGAGACCGACAGGGCCUUUCACAAUCUUCAGAUGACGCAAAAGAAUCUAACAGUUCAAUUGGAAUCGUUAGAAACAGAUAUUAAAGCAACAGACGACAAAGCGAGACAAUAUUUGAAAGAAAACAAAAGGCAGCUAGCCAAGACGUAUUUGAGGAAGAAGCAUCUUUUGGAAAAGAACUAUGAAAAACGUAGCAUAGCUUUGAACAAUGUCGAGACUCUACUUUCGAGUGUUGAUGAGGCCCAAAAUAAUGGUGUCAUUCUUGAAACGUAUAAAAUUGGCUCGAAAGCUUUACAAAAAGUUCUCAAUGAUUCGGGACUUAAGUAUGACAAUGUUGAUGAAAUUAUUUCUGAUGUCAAAGAGGCUGUUGAUAGUCAUGAUGAGAUUCAAGAUACAAUUGCCAGUGCGCAUUUGAAUGAGAAAUUCGAUGAUGGUGAUUUGGAGAGGGAACUUAGAGAAAUUCUCGGAGAACCAGAACAGAAGACUGCUGCUGCUGCUGAGGUUGUGACUGGAGGAAAUAAUAAUAUUCAAAAUAUUGAAGUUACUGAUGAAGAGUUGUUGGCUAUGCUGGAGGGAUUAGAAGUUGAACAUGAUUCACCAACAAAAUCGUCGUCAGAUCCGAAUGCCAAUGAAACUGUCUAAAGUCUAGUUUAUAAGAAGUCUCAUUUUUCUAUUAUUCUAUUAUCAUGGUUAAGUUUAUCUUAUUAUUUUUUUUUGUAAUAAAAAAGUUCAACGAUCAAAAAGUAA